AUGAGUCUGAAUGUUUCGCUUCUCCUCCACACUUGUAGAUGAAAUUUUUGCAGAAGAAAUAAAUAUAAAUGAUUUUAGAAUGAUUUAUUUAUAAAUAAACGCGCGCGCUGCAGUCCGCCGGUAAGUGAGUGUUUAAUGAAAGCAGAUGUCUGGUGAACAGGUUGAUCUCAGACAGAGGCUUCACACGUUCCUCACACGUUCCUCACACGCUCCUCACCCUCACCGCCAUCGUCACGGUAGAACUUCGAUAAUCGCUCGGGACGCGGACACACGCGAGCGCGCGCGCUUGAAUGAGCGCCGGGGGUUGAGGAGAGGAAACGUGAGAGGGCGGAACAAAAAGUCACAACGGAACCUUCUGUAGCAGCCGAGCGGGGGAAAGAAAUAAAGGGUACACACGUCUGUCUGUCGGGUGAAAAACUCGAACAAGCGGUGUUUUAUUUCUGUUUAUUUCUGUUCCAGAAUUCACAACUAAAACCUACUUUCAUUUCCUUCAUUAUUAUUUCAAGUGUUUGAACAGGCUGUGAUUACACUCUGUCACGUGACCCGGUAGAGUAAAGCAGCCUGCAGAGGAAGCCUCAGGUUGACCUGCUACACUGCACCUUGAUCAGAUGUACAAUGAGCUCAGGCUUGACAGAAAGAUGCUGCGCAGCAUCAGCAGCAUGGCUGAAGCUCAGAGUUUUGAGGAGCAGUUUGCUCACCGUUUCUCUGAGCAGGAUGAAGAGUAUCAGAAGUAUCUGCAGCAGCCGGAGGUUCAGCCACCAGUAGUGGAGGCGUGGAGGAGCAGAGACACUCGAUUCCAGGACAGCAGACAUCACCGUGGUGGCGGCGGCUGGGGUCAGAGGUCACACGAUCGGAGAUACGGAGGUCACCAGAACUCCUAUAAUCAGAGACCACGUUACGAUCGCUACUGAUUUCGUGUGUGUGUGUGUGUGUGUGUGUGCGUGCGUAGUGUGUACUUUCCCUCAACAUGUUUAAAUAAAACAGUUUAAGACUAAUUGAUUGAUUGAUUGAUUUUCCAGAUUGCUGCAGUGAAGAAUAAAAAGAUGGAAAGAAAAACGA